CGUCUCACUACUUUUUCUUUAAUCACCAAUGCUUCCCUUCCUCGAAACUCCGAUGAAUGAUCAUGUCACCACCAUAUCCUUUAAUUGCUUUAAUCUCUCAUCCUAACUAACACAAACCAAAUCUCAGAAGAAAAAACUGAAGAUGGAGAGCUCAAUCGGGUUCAUGACAGUCUUCGCCGUCUCCGGAAGCGUGGUGCUCCUCGCCGCUCAGCUUCACAAGCGUCUCCUCUCCGAUUACAUGGACAAGCUCGAACUUCGAUUUGAUAAGAAGAAUGCGGAGAAGAAGAAGAAGAAAAAAGUGAGUUUUGCAGAAGAUGUGAUGGAACCGUCAGGGAACAGCGAAGACUAUCGCCGGAAAAAUCGGAAACCAACAAAACUGGAGGAUGGAGGAGGAAGAAGAAGAAACACACAAAAGAGUCAAGUUUUAUAACAAGUCAACGUUCAACACAAAGGGCUGACUUGUGUAAUUAUAAAAUUAGUUGUUCUUCUUUUUUUUUUUGGUAUCUCGGAGUUCUUUUUUUUUUGUUUGUUUAAUUUGGUUGCAUUAAUUACACACCGCUCUUCCCAAAAUUUGGAGGUAAAAUGGGACUACAUAUCCGC